GCCGGCGAGCAAGUGAUCCGGCAGAUCAAAGGGCAUAAGGCCGACGCCAUGGCGGGCUCGAUGGUCUCGCCAUUGCACACACUGCGCGACGAGAGCAUGGCUCAGGGCGCCUAUUUUGUUUUCAGCGACCUGAGCGUGCGCAUGGAGGGCUCGUUCCGGCUGCGCUUUGACCUGUUCGAGCUCGACGACUGCAUGGUGCACAGCCGGGCGUCGGCCACCUCAGAUGUGUUCUCGGUGUACUCGCCGAAGCGCUUCCCCGGUAUGAUGGAGUCGACAAGGCUGUCAAAGCUGUUUGCCGACCAGGGGUUGCGUAUCCGGAUCCGCACCGAA